AGCACCAGCACCACUCUUCCCAUUCCAUCUCGCCCUUCAGACCUUUAACAUUACAGCUUCAAUUGCCACCGAGUGCACUCGCUUCAAGUGCUGUAUGUGACAAUUUGAAUAGACGUUGCAUUUGCGUUUUAUCUCGAAUCCAGACAGUGGCAUCCAUCUGAUAAUUUAAUAAUUACCGUACGCUCCACCGGAACCGGCACUUUCGGAAUCUUGCCAAAUGGCCGCUGUAACGCGACAAUCUACCACCACCCUCCAAGCUGAUGCCUCACCAAAUACAAGUCGGGAAGGUAGCAUAGUGGAAACCGAGUUUAGUUCAACAGUAGGGGCGGAGGAGGAUAUGGAACGAAGGGCCACCGUAGCUUCGACAGACUCGUCAGCGUCUAUGACCACUUAUUCCAGUAAACCCGCACCUUCUCGUUUGGCGACAUUAAAGAAACUAAGCCGAUCGGCGACAAAGAUGACGGAGGUGGGAUUGCCUGAGGGAAAAUCGAAUUCCCUUAAACAUUCACCUAGCACAAGCGUCGUAAGCUUGGCUGCAUCAAGUGUAGCAAGUAUGGAUAAUAAUAUCGAAACGACAUCGUCCAUGACUGCGGGAGCAUCGUCGUCUCACCUCUUUGGGGUGCAGCCUGGCCAGACUCAGAGUCUAUACGAUUCGCAUAUUUUGCCACUUAUGCCAAAGAAGUCCGAAGCGCGGAGUACAGACGAGGCGGGAUUACCGAAUCUAUACACUAGAAGGAUUGCUAUGAUGGACGAUGUCAUUAAAAGGCUUCAAGACCCUAGAACUGGUAUUGAGCUAAAGGAUCGAAAGAAGAUGUUCAAAAUGUAUCCGCGGUCAUUUCUCGGCUGCGAUUUGCUAGACUGGAUUCAGCUUAACUGCUCAUUCCUCACGCGAGAUGAAGCUAUGAAGUUUUGUCAAACUCUUUUCAACGAAGGAUACAUCAUUCCAGUGGAUCUGGGAGAUAAAUUUGUGCCGGACAGCAGUAUAUAUAUUUUUCAGACGCACUUUUAUUGGCCAUCGCGUGUAUGGGUUCCAUCUGAUUUUGACUACACUGUGUACUUGUUGAAGCGGAACAUGCGAGCGACGGCAAAAUACCUACUACAUGAGUGGGAAGAGGACCGACUGAUCCGGUUGCAAGAUACAUUUUAUGAUCAAUGGGAAGAGAUUGAGGAAACGGUUGAAAGCCAUAUCCUGCACAUGAAACGCGUCUUGACAAAGCAGGAACGUCGCACAUUUCAGCUGCAGGAAUUCACAUUUUGGAAAGUGCAUAGGCCGCUAUUAAUACCCGGAGCACCGACAUUUAAAGAUGGCGAGCUCAAACAAAAGGAUACCAAAAAUGCGCAACGAACGGAGGCAGCCUAUGAGGAAACCCUGAAGGACGAGGAAUUGCUUGCUUGGCUGGAAAGAAAGGUAGAAUUUUACAAUAUGUCGUUGUCGAUGAAUCGGCUAAAAAUCUCGCAAGCUUCCAAAACCUUGAUACAACGAUGCGACGUAUGGCGAGCACUCGAUCCAAUUUUAGAACCGCCCGUGACGCACAGUAACCCGUGGCUAUCAGAUGACUCGAGCAUUUUGACCUUGGGCAACUCCUCCGUGCUCUGGAAUGCAAAAAAACAUCCAUCGUCGGCAGAAAUCAAAAUGUGGACGUACUCGUUCCCGGAACUUAUGCGGGAUCCUAUGGGUGUUCGGCACUUUUACGACUUUGUACAAAAGGAGUUUUCACAGGAAAAUCUAGAGUUUUAUCUAAAAUGCCAAGCUCUCGAUUCUGUGCCCACCCGAAAAGAAUUCACCGAACGCGCCAAAACCAUCUACGAUGAAUUCAUCAAAAUUAACGCCCCACGCGAACUGAAUAUCAACUCUUCCGAGCGCAGCGCUAUCAUUGCCCAAUUCGACGCACUACAAAAUAAUCCCAAAGAGCGAUUAAGCUACUACGUUUUUGCGGAUGCCCUCAAACACAUCUUUGCGCUCAUGGCCAAAGAUUCUUAUGUAAGGUUUUGUGGAAGUGAUGUGGUUUCCAAGGCCUUGAGCAAGGCUUUAGAGAGGGAGAAGGAUGGGGGAAUGGUGGAGAGUAAAACGGGGUCAGUAGGUAAGAGAGGUGCCACAAGGAGCAGUAGAGAUACUUUGCAAGGGUAAAUGCGCGGUCGUGGAGAGAGUGUGACAAACGAAUGUGAUGGACAAGAUGGUGGGAUUAGCCAAUCUUUUUUCUGCUUCAUUUAUCCCUUUCUUUUUCUCUUUGGUUGUUGCUGUUUGUGGGAGGUGGUUGUAUAAGGAUAAUAUUGGAGGUUCUUUUUGGGAUACAUGUAGAUGUUUUAAUGUACUUUCUGGCUUUCUGGCCGGAUCUGAGCUGUUCACCA